CAGAGCGCAGCGCGCGGAGCUGAGCCGGCGGAGAAGGUGCGAGGGUGCGACGGAGACGGCUCCGCGCCCGGCCUGACCCCGCCGCCCGGCGCCGCCGGCACCAUGGCGCCCGCCGCCCUCUGGGCCGCGCUGGCCGUCGGACUGCAGCUGUGGGCCGCGGGGCGCGCGGUGCCCACCCAGGUCUUGUCUCCCCCCUACGCCCUGGAGCCUGGGAGCACAUGCCAGCAGAGAGAGUACUAUGACAAGACGGCCCAGAUGUGCUGCAGCAAGUGUCCGCCUGGCCAGCAUGCUCGCGAGUUCUGCACCAGGACCUCAGAUACCGUGUGUGCCCCCUGCGAGAGCAGCACGUACACCGAGCUCUGGAACUGGGUCCCCGAGUGUUUGAGCUGUGGCUCCCGCUGCACCCCUGACCAGGUGGAAGCUCAAGCCUGCACCCGGGAACAGAACCGCAUCUGCACGUGCAAGGAGGGCUGGUACUGCACGCUGGGGAGGCAGGAGGGCUGCCGGCUGUGCACGCCACUGCGCAGGUGCCGCCCCGGCUUCGGCGUGGUCAAACCAGGAACGGCAACAUCUGAUGUGGUGUGUGCCCCCUGCACCCCGGGAACCUUCUCCGACACGACCUCAUCCUCAGACACUUGCAGGCCCCACCGGAACUGUAGCUUGGUGGUCACCCCUGGCAACGCAAGCAUGGACACGGUCUGCAGGUCCGUGGCUCCCGUCCUGACGGAGGCCAAGGGACCAGCUCCCACGCCCCAGCCAGCAUCCACGAAAUCUCAGCACGUGGAGUCUUCUCCAGGGCCCAGCAUGGCUCCAAGCAGCACCCCCCUGGUCCCGAUGCGCCCCAGCCCCCCCGUGGAAGGGCUCAGCACAGGCAACAUCACGCUUCCAAUCGGGCUGAUUGUGGGCAUGACGACCCUGGGUCUGCUAGUGAUAGGACUGCUGAACUGUGUCAUUGUGACCCAGAAGAAAAAGAAGCCCUUGAUCUGCCUGCAGAGAGAAGCCAAGGUGCCUCACCUGCCUGUUGAGAAGGCCCGGCCAGGCCCUGAGCAGCAGCACCUGCUGACCACGGCCCCGAGCUCCAGCAGCAGCUCCCUGGAGAGCUCAGCCAGUGCCGCGGACAGGAGGGCGGCCCCCGGGAACCAGCAGGGACCCGGCACGGAGACGGCCAGUGGGCCUGGGGCGGCCCGAGCCAGCUCCGCGAGCUCAGCAGAGCCUUCCCCUGGUGGCCAUGGGACCCACGUCAACGUCACCUGCAUCGUGAAUGUCUGCAGCAGCUCCGACCACGCCUCGCAGUGCCCCUCCCAGGCCAGCUCCACCGUGGGGGACACGGACGCCAGCCCCUCGGGCUCCCCAAAGAAUGAGCAGGUCCCCUUCUCCAAGGAGGAGCGCCCCUUUCAGUCCCAGCCAGAUGCUCCGGAGACCCUGCUGCAGAGCCACGAGGAGAAGCCCCUGCCCCUGGGCGUGCCUGAUGCCGGGAUGAAGCCCAGCUAACCAGGCUGGUGUGGGCUGUGUCUCAGCCGGGGCAGGCUGACCCCUGGCGGGCUGUCCUGCGGGGGGCUCCUGGUCCUUCCAGACCCCCAUUCCCAGGACUCUCUGGCUCUUUCUGGGCCAACUUCAUUUAGUGACCUCCACUAGCUCAGCCCCCCUCCCACCCACAGACAGGGACAAGGCAGGGAGAGUGGUGGGAAACCUUGGGAUGCCAGCAGGUCUGGUGGGCAGAGGGGACCGUGGACUUGCUGGGCAGCCCCAGGUGAGUCCCUCCCAGCCUCUCCCUGAACCGCCCCAGAUGGACCUGUGAAGCAGGCUUCUGGAGCCCUUGGAAGUUUUUCUUCUGGGCUCUGACCAGCUCUGGCUUCUGGGGAGACCCCAGCAUCCUCCCCUCCAGAGGGGCUUACUGGGGUGGAGGGGCUCUGGACACGUCGCCUUUGGAGAAAGGGCAGCACUUCAGCCUGCUGAGACUGCAGGCCAGUGCCCGCGAGCGGCCAGGGAGUGGAGAGGCCAUGUAGCAGGUGGCUCUGUGCGGGGAGGGGUGGCAGCCCCUGUAGGACCCUCGGAAAGCACCUCCUCUAAAGCCACUUUUGCUGACUCGUCCCCUUGUACUGCAGUGUGAAAAUCAACAUGCCCAGGGUAACGCAGGGUGGCAAACUUCCAACCUGAAUUCUUCCAAUUUUAACAUGUGGCAGUUAAAACAGAAAUUAACCAGGCAGAUCAACAAGCAAACCAAACAGCUCAACAAAGCAAAACUCUGAGGGCUGCCUGGAACCCUCACCCACGGUUUGCUCACUGGGCCUUGAACCCUCACUCCACUUUACCCGCAGCUCCAGCCCCUGCCGCCCUCCCUCCCUGGCUGGUGCUGCCUUCCAAGGCUGUGCCUUCUGUCAGGGAAUUUUGGAAAUUGGUGAUGCCUGACACCUUGCAGCCUCCUCUCUCCUACCUCAGCUUGGGCCUCCUUCCCCCCUGGAGGCUGUGCCCCUCUUUCUCUGGAACCCUCCCUGUGUUCCCGGAGUCCCUGGCCCCCGGGGGCCCGUGGAGUCCAUUUGGUACUGUGCCCACUGAUCAUGGGUGGAUGUGAGAUGCUGACAGCCGACGUGUGUCUGUCUGGGUGUCUGUUGUGUGUUGUGGGUCCCGGCAGCUGAUGCUGUCUGGUUGAAUGGCCCGCCUCGAAGCAGCUGAAGCCAGCAAUUUUGCAGAAAGAUUUUUCCCCAUUAGAGAGUAGCCCCCUCCUCCCAAACACACGCUCAGGACCCUGCAGAGGGUGGACAAGUACAACCUUGACCAGAUUCUGGAAGGAAAGGGCAAGGGACCCCUUGAGAGGCCAGUUCGGUCCCAGGUACUUGAAUCCCUUGUUGAUAAAUUCCACUGGACUUCAACGUGGCAGCUGAACUGUUUGGGGGUAGGAGAGCCAGCCGUAGCCACGGAGACAAGGAGGACUUCCCGCCCUGGGACCGAGAUGUCAGACAGACUGCCCGAGAUGUCAGACAGACUGCCCGGACGGGCCGAGGGCCGCGCGGGGCGCUGCAGGACGGUGGGGCGCUGCCGCCCCCUGGCGGGCAGUCCCGGGAGCGCUCGGGGCUCGCCUCGCUCCCCGCGGAGCAGGAGGCCGUGAACUGGAAGGGACUUCUGGGUGCGGCCUCAGCUCCCCAGCUUGUGUUGAUGCCAAGACAAGAGUUUGCUCUGCAUGCUGGACGGCAUUCCUGCUUGUAAAUAAACAUUCCUUUUGGCACGCUG